AUGCGUUUUGAUUGUCCAGACAAAAUUCUUACUGAUUGUGGAGCAAACUUUAUGUUCAAGAUUUUUCUACACUAUACCAAUCAGAUCAAAGUCCAUCACAAGUUUACAUCUGCAUUUCACCUUAGAACCAAUAGUAAAUCCUGCCGCAUUCAUAAACACAGUACCACUGGUUUCAGUCCUUUCUUCCUCAUAUGCAGUCGCACACCACGUCUUCCUAGUGACUCCCUUCGUCCUUUCAUGAGUGCUGAUCUGUCUGACAAUCCCCAAGUUUUUGCUGACGAUGCUUUAUCUUACCUGCAUAACCUUUGGAAAGCACGUGAAGAUGCUGAGAUAUGGGUUUUCACUAAUAGUUUGCAAGGUAAAAAACAUUGGGAUGCUGUCAUGAAACCUCACUCUUUUGCUGUUGGUGCUUAUGUUUUGAUGCGUCAUAAGAAUAAGUUUGGUCUGGAAUAUAAUUGGAUGAGUCCAUAUGUAGUUGUUGAUAAAAAUUCUGAUACUGAUGUAUAUAAGCUGACAAUGACUGAAGGUGUUUCAUAUACUUAUUGGGUACAUGCAGAUCACUUGAAAUUGGCCAAGGAUGACGAUUACACAGAAUUCUCUUUUGAGAACGACAAUCAAAGUGAUUUCCUUUUGCUCACAAAAGAAUUAGAAGGCACAUAG